UACUACACAAAUCUGAAUCUGAAUAAUCAAUCGUAGUUGAAAAUCUUAGUUCGAACUUCGACCUCUGACAAGGUCAGUGGGUCCGUUCCAGUGGGUCGUCUCAUAUAGUCUGGUAUGAUUUCUCUCUCUGUUUUGUUAGCACUUUUGAUUGGUGGAAAAGAUGACCUGCUUUAUUACAAUGAACACUUCGAAGGCGAAUUGAGUGAUGCACCCCUAGGACGUCUAAUUCCUACGUUGGUGACGUUUUAUAACCAAUAUUCAAGCGAGCCCUACAGAUAUGUGGCAUUUGACGCUAACCAGACAUUACAAACUAAUACAAGGGGUUAUAGAUAUCGUUUCUCUGUUUUGUUGGCCCCCACUAUUUGCCCCAAAUACCAAGCGGAAUAUAUAUCUAUCGCGCACUUGGGACCUUGCUCGUUGAAAGCAUAUGGAUAUCAACAAUGCGAUUUCGUUUUAAGCUUUCGAAAGGGUCUACUGUAUGAUGAUAGCACGUUGUACCUUGAAGGUUGUCGAUCUGCUGUCCCGAGAAUGCCUGUAAACCUUGAGUACUUAGGCUUUAAGUUGCCUGCAAACGUGGAGGAGAAAUAUGCACAAUUUAAGUUAACAUAUAGAAAACAGUAUCAUGAGACAGAAGACGAGAUUAGGUUUAAUAUCUUCAAAUCGAAUAUCUUGAAAGCUCAAUUGUAUCAGGUAUUCGAAAGAGGUUCAGCCAUUUAUGGAGUGACACCUUAUUCAGACUUAACAACUGAUGAAUUCGCACGCACUCAUCUAACUGCUUCCUGGGUAGUGUCGUCUAGUACAAAUAAUACACCAAUUUCUCUGGAAAAGGAGGUUAAGAAUAUACCAAAAAACUUCGAUUGGAGAGAAAAAGGCGCUGUAACUGAAGUAAAAAAUCAAGGAAUGUGUGGCUCUUGUUGGGCGUUCUCAACCACUGGUAAUGUUGAGAGUCAGUGGUUCCGCAAAACUGGAAAGUUAUUAUCAUUAAGUGAGCAGAAAUUUAAAUUAGAUAAUGUUUCAUAUUAUAUUCUAAUCUCUCCCUACCUACUUUGGCUUGGGCAACCGACUAGGAUCAUCAUUCAUCACGCAAACAGUACGAACCAGUCGCAAACAUAGAGUUGUAUUCAGUAAUUAAGUUGUGUCGAAUUUCUCGAAAUGGAGAGAAAUAUCAUUCAGCAAAAAACACUUUGUUACUGUUUGCCGUAUCAAAUAAACGUAUUUACAAAAGGUUAUACUAAAAUUCUCAAGGGAGACCAACUUGUUGACUGUGACGGUUUAGAUGAUGGUUGUAAUGGUGGUCUUCCGUCGAAUGCCUAUGAAUCAAUCAUAAAAAUGGGUGGUUUAAUGCUUGAAGAUAAUUAUCCUUAUGAUGCUAAAAAUGAGAAAUGUCAUUUGAAAGCUGAUAAUGUUGCAGCUUACAUUAAUAGUUCAGUAAAUUUAACUCAAGAUGAAACAGAACUUGCUGCAUGGCUUUAUCAUAAUUCAGCGAUUAGUGUUGGUAUGAAUGCGAUGCUUUUACAGUUUUAUCGACAUGGAAUUAGUCAUCCAUGGUGGAUCUUCUGUUCAAAGUAUCUGCUUGAUCAUGCGGUUUUACUUGUUGGUUAUGGAGUUUCCGAAGAAAAUGAGCCAUUCUGGAUUGUAAAAAACAGUUGGGGUGUUGAAUGGGGUGAAAAAGGUUACUUCCGUAUGUAUCGAGGUGAUGGUACUUGUGGCAUUAAUACUGUUGCUACGUCAGCGUUGAUCUACUAGGGAGUGUGCGUAUAUGUGUUCCUUUUUUCAUCUCAAAACAAUUUAUCUCAUUCCUAACAGAAUCUCAAUUUAAUUCCGUAUUAUUUUGUUGAAAAUACUUUUUUCAGAUCCUGAUUUAUUUUAAACCUCCACUUCUCUCAUCAUCUGACAUUUUUUUAAAUUAAUGAACAAACUCCACUACGAAUCUCUGUAAAACACCCACUAUUAGUUUCUUUUUAUUUUUGAUGGUGGAUGGGAAGGGGAGAAUAAUCUAUUUUGGACAACUGCCUUUCUAAUUUCAGUAAUCUCAUAAACAUUUUGUAUUAAUUAUUUUUUUAGAACCAUUAUGCUCAGUGCUUUAGGUCACAAUUUUCUUAAACAUAAAAUUCAAACAAACACAUUAACGGUGUUUUCUUUAUGUAGAGAUGAGAUGAAAUGCAUCGCAAAUGUUAUCUGUUUUACAUUGAUGGUAUCUAAGUAAGAAAUAGAUUCUUUAUUUGUUUAUUCCGUUUAAAAAAGCCAUUGCUUGUGAUUAUUUUUGGUUGUUUAUUUUGUGAAAUUCUACCGAGUAAUCCAUAUAUAGGGAGAAAUUGUAAUCUAAGCACCGUUGAUAAUUCAUAGCUAAAAAUGUCUAAAUCCCCAGACUCAAUUACAAAAAUUUCAGAAUUGUUUUUCUGAUCAUUUUGGUGUAACUUGCUAUCUUUCAUACCCAGAAAGUUUUGAAGAUACAUAAUUUAAAUAAUUCUGUUACUGUUCAGCAAAGUGACAUUUUAAUCGGUCAGGUUUUACCCUUAAUAAAAUUAGAGUGGGUU